AUGGCUUUCUCAAGAAAUCAAAGUUUCAUUUUCAUGUUAAUCUCAUUUCUAGUCGUCAUCCUUGCAACGACAUCAGUUGAGUCUGCUCAAUCUUUGCUCUUCUCAUCCAAACAUGUUACAAUUAUCAACAAACUUGUGACGAGAGCGAGAUUGACUGUGCAUUGUAAUAACAAAGAAGAUGAUUUGGGCACAGUAUAUCUCGGGCCUGGUGAUACUUUCGAUUUUACAUUUCGUGUUAACCUCCGCCAUACAACGGUCUACACUUGUAAUUUUGCUUGGCCUGGCAAUACAGCAACGUUUGAUAUAUUUAGAGCUGAUCGAGACGAUAAUCCGAACAGUAAAGUUGGAGUUUGCAGCGAAUGUAUUUGGUCUAUUUACGAGCCAGCACCAUGCAGAGAUAGACGUGAUGGAGGUCAACCUAACUGUUUCCCAUGGGCUUCUUAG